AUGAGCUGGAGCUUAGCUGCGUCUCGCUGUCCCUCCCUUGUGACCGGACCGGGGUUCUCUUGCAGUGGUCUCUAUUCCCAUAUUCCAAGCUGUCGCCGACCACCACUUACUAUACUCCGGACCUCAUCCAUCGAUUCGAGGCCACAAGAAAUGGAUGACCUCUCAUCUAAGCUCGAUGGUUCUGACCUCGAGCGCAACGAAAGUUCCAGCUUCUUUAAGAAUAAUACCGUCAACGACUUUUCCUGGCGAAAUCUCACCGUCACCGUCAAGGACCGCCAUACUAAACAGCCCCGGAACCUGAUCGAUGGAAUCAGCGGGUCAGUUCAGCAAGGCGAACUAGUCGCUCUGAUGGGUCCCUCGGGAUGCGGCAAGACUACACUACUUAACGUUCUGGCUCGUCGCGCAGCAUCAUCGGGAGCAAAGACGACUGGAGAUUGCUAUAUAGACGGGAAGACUGUUGAUAAUGCGACGUUUGGCCGACUUACUUCUUACGUGGAGCAGGAGGAUGCGCUGAUCGGGUCGCUGACGGUGCGCGAGACACUGAAAUUCGCCGCAGAUCUCUCGUUGCCCAGCUCCGUUACGAAGCUUCAACGGAAGGAGCGCAUUCAGUCUCUUUUACAAGCUUUUGGAAUCCAGAACCAGGCAUCUACUUUGGUCGGCACGCCCAUUCGCAAGGGAAUCAGUGGUGGUCAGAAACGGCGUGUCAGCGUGGCAAGUCAACUCAUGACGUGCCCUAAGAUUCUGUUUUUGGAUGAACCGACGAGCGGACUGGACUCGUCUGCUAGCUUUGAGGUCAUCUCCUACGUCAAGGAGAUGGCGGUUGCGAACAACCUCAUCAUAAUUGCUAGUAUUCACCAGCCGUCCACGACUACAUUCCAGCUUUUCGAUAAGCUGCUCCUCCUCUCGAGCGGAAAAACGUGCUACUUAGGUCCUGUGACAGAUGUGCCGACCUAUUUUGACACUAUUGGCUACUCGCUUCCAAUGAACACCAACCCAGCCGAGUUUAUCCUCGAUCUUGUCAGCUCCGAUUUCUUAGGCAGCACACAAACCAUGUCCAAGGAUCAGGUCCAGCGGAUUCAUACAAGCUGGGCUGAAUCCUCCAAUGCCGCAGCGCUGACAGACCAGGUCUCGCAGCGGACCAUGGUAUCCGAGAAACAAGCAGCUAAAACUGAAAUGGACGAGCUAAGUCGCCCGGGUAUUCUCAGCAUCACUCUUACCCUCCUGCACCGCUCCUUCAUCAAGAGUUACCGUGAUGUUGUGGCAUACGGCAUCCGUAUCGCCAUGUACCUGGGGCUGGCAAUCAUGAUGGGAACCGUCUGGCUGCGUCUGCACACCGAACAGAGCUACAUUCAGCCCUUUAUCAACGCAAUCUUCUUCGGCUCCGCCUUCAUGAGCUUUAUGGCAGUAGCCUACGUUCCCGCCUUUAUCGAAGACCGCAUGACCUUCAUCAAAGAACGCGCCAACGGACUCUACGGCGCCCUGCCCUUCAUUGUCUCCAACUUUAUCAUCGGCCUUCCCUUCCUCUGUACAUGCCCCCCAUCCACCCACCAUCCCAAUUCACUAACAAGAAAUCCAGUCCUGAUCUCCCUCCUCUUCUCCAUAAUCUCCUACUGGCUCUCCAACUUCAACCCCACCGCCACCUCCUUCUUCACCUGGGUAAUGUGGCUCUUCCUCGACCUCGUAGCCGCCGAAUCCCUCGUCGUCUUCAUGACCUCCAUCUUCCCCAACUUCGUCAUCUCCCUCGCCCUCGUCGCCUUCGCCAACGGUCUCUGGAUGAGCGUCGGCGGGUUCCUCGUGACCCCCAAGAUUCUCAACCCCUUUUGGAAAUACGUUUUCCAUUAUAUAGAUUAUCAGGCAUACGUCUUCCAAGGCAUGAUGGUCAACGAAUUCCAGCAUAGGACCUACUCUUGCGGCGAAUCCUGCCAAUGCAUGUAUCAGACGGACUUGGCCUCCGAGUGUAAGAUCCGCGGGACGGGCGUACUGCAGGAAUAUGGCUAUGCUACGGGCAGGACGGUGGUAUCGAUAAGGGAUCAUUUGGGUUGGAAGGCUCGGAUAGUAUACUAUGUUUCAAAAAGCAAGAUUGAUAUACCUGCUAUUGAGAAUUCUAGAAGACGGUAUGUAUGGGAAUGGUACACUUUAUGGAUGCUCCGUCACCAGCAGAUGGUUGAAGAAUACCAACAGCAGCAGCAAGGGGAAUCAUCAAAGGUGGUCAAACAGAGGUCAUCAGAAUCAUACAAUCAUGUCGCCAUGAUGGACGUGAUCGGUGAAACCCGCCUCUUCUCUUUAUAA